ACCAAGGCUACAUCUUCCAUUUGUUCAGAAGUACUGUCUUUUCCUGUAAUGACUUUAAUACUUGCCAAAUAUUUAAAUAUUUACUUUCAGCUUUUUUACAUUGGACUUGAUGGUGUCACUCAGACUCUAUGAGAGAAAUUAAAUACUAGUAAAAUGGAUGUUGAGUCAUUCUUUAUUUUCCAUGUUUUAAGGAGACUUUAAGAACUUGGUUAGAUUAUCUCACAUGGAACCUGAUGUAAUGCACAGCAGUGUUUGAAAAUCAAAGGUGCGAGGGUGGAUGAAGGCCAUCCACGAGUCUCCUGUGUGUAACAGGAGUUGGCCACUCGACCCUGCCCCGGACCUGACCUUGAAACAAAUACAUUCUCCUGUGCGUCUGUGUAGGUCUGUGUGGGAGCCCACAUUCACAGCCAUAAUCGCUCGCUCACUCAGAGCUGGAUCCUGAGUGUCAUCAUGUUGGCUGCUGUGUGUAGCUGCGGUAUAAUAGUCGAUAUUCACAGCAGCCUCUUCCUACUGUAGCUAAUCUUGGCACAUAACACACGGCAAAACUACAGUUUGUUGUUUCACUCUGGUUUCUGUGGAGACUGAGGAAACAUUUUUGUAGCAUGCAAAUCAGUAAGUUUUGAUGGUGAAUUCUGGCUUGUACAGACAGACCAAGGCUACAUCUUUCAAAAUGCUUCACACGCCUCAUGCAACCACACUUUUUAGUGAGACUUUAUGUGGUAAACCAACACAGACAUCCAAAAUAAAUCAUACAUUUUCAAAUUUUUGUGCUAAUUGGGUCUAAAGUCCAGUACAUUAAAAUUUGUUAUUGCAAUGUGAAAAGGCUCAGAAGGUAUAAAUGCCUUUACGAUAUAAAUUAUUUUACUGUGGCUGUUCCCCUCCAUGUUAACAAGCUGUUUACUGUAUCUUUAUGCCUUUGUACAGAUAUGACAGAGAUAUCUGUUUGCUCAUCUAACUCAUGUGAUGAAUGCAAAUAUUUCAAACCUCUAAAAAUGAUCUCUUUAUUGUCAUGCUAUGGAUACCAUCUGUAAGUGCUUGUUAUGCUGUCUGCCAGUCUUUCAGGUGGUGAUUGUGCUGCUGUACCUCAGUGUGUUAUUGGGACUUUAUGUUCUGCCACUUUAUAUCACCUCCCCCUGCAUCAUGGAUCCCAGGACCCUUAAACCACGGCCAGAGGUGUUUGGCCACCAGGGAGUCCCCAUGCUUGCUCCAGAGAACACGCUGUGGUCGUUUCAGCGAGCUCUGCAGAUGAACGUCACUGGACUGGAGGCUGACGUAGCCAUAAGUGUGGACGGCGUACCUUUCCUAAUGCAUGACCUCACCCUGCGGAGAACCACAAACGUGGAUGAGGUUUUUCCAGACAGAAAAACAAAAGCAGCUUCAUGGUUCAACUGGACGGAUCUGCAGCAGCUCAACGCAGGAGAGUGGUUCCUCAGGAAUGACCCCUUCUGGACCGCAAGCUCCAUGUCCCAGAAGGAAAGGAAUCUCACUUCCAAGCAGAGGGUGUGCAGCCUGGAGCAGCUUCUCAAGAUGGCCUCCGAUCACAACAUCACAGUAGUUGUCAGAUUGCGGAGGCCUCCUCGUGAUCACCCCUUCAACUCCACAUGGAUCAACGAGACGCUGCAAGUAGUGCAGAAUUCUGGACUUCUUCAGAGUCUGGUGAUGUGGACUCAGGAUGACGAGAGAGAGCAGGUGAAGCAGUGGGCACCUGGCUUCAUCCAGACCUCGCUGGUGAAACACAGUCCAGAACAUCUGCGCAGCUCUGGCAUCAGAGGGCUGCUGCUCAGAUACAACCAAGUGGACGCUAAUGAAAUCACAAACUUCUCCAACAACAACAUCAGCCUUACUCUCUACACUGUCAACGAGCCGUGGCUGUUCUCGAUGCUGUGGUGCAGCGGCGUGUCGGCUGUCUCCUCAGAGGCCCCACAUAUCCUCAGAAAGGUGCCUUCUCCCAUCUGGCUCAUGAGCCCAAGAACUUACCAGCUGAUAUGGGUGUCUGCAGACCUCAUUUCCUUUGCUGUAGUCAUAGGAAUAUUCGUUUUGCAAAACUAUCACAUGAUCAGGUAUCGAAUGAGCGGCAUACGCAGCUACAAUCCUGAACAGAUCAUGCUGAGCGCAGCGGUCAGGACGUCCAGUCGAGACAUCAACGUCAUGAAGGAGAAACUGAUCUUCUCCGAGGUGAGGAACGGUGCCAGUGCUGAGGAGCUGUAUGAAGAGCAAUGCUUUGACUCCUACACCAAUCAGAGUAUCAGCCAGUGAUUUUCUGCGCCGUCUGUCUGCUGCGGUGACGCAGGAAGCAUCGUUCCUGAUGACGAGAACUCCCAGCCUCCUGAGCUGCUGGAAACGCCCCGCUGCGCUCUGUACACUCUGUAAAUACCGUUUCUGUUUCUCCUCACGGACUUUACGUUUAUUGCACAAGACUACACGCACUUGAUUUAAGCUGAAUCUGAUGAUUCCAACUUCAAUAUCUAAAUGUUCAGGGGCUCCCCAUCAGUUUUUUUUUUUUUUUUUUUUUUUUUUUUAAAGCUAUGUUUCCAAAGCAGUUAAUUAUUAUAUUAGGAUCUGUAAAUAUUAUGGCAGCAUGAUGCUCCUGCCUUCAGUCUCUGCUGUAGUUCAUGAAAUUGAUAUUUAUAUUUAAAGAGAUAAAAGUGUUUACAGACAUUUUUGCCUUCUCCUCCGUGUUCACACGGUGCAUGUAAAGUAUUUUGAUACUCCCCGCCCGCCGUACUUCUGAUCACUGGAUCCAAGUGUUGGAAACUUCUGGACUUUGUGUGAGCAGUGCUCCCAGUAAAACCAGAAGAACUGGUGAAAAAUGGUUUCUGGGGUUAAGAUUUGCUUUUUCUUGGAUAACUGUUUGUGUUUCCUUUUGUAAUGUGUUCAAUAUAAUGUAUGGAUUCUGACUGGGUAUAUUUUUUUUACCUUGUGUGCAGUGUUAUGACGAAUGUGUAAUCAUAGGGAUAACUUAACAAUGUGACACUUUAAUCAUUACAAGAUGAACAGGCUGGCCUUUGAUUUGCUGUCAUUCUUUGGUAUUUUCAUGUCGGGGAAAUGUAUUGCAUGUGACUUCUGGUGUAAAUACUGUACUGGAAAAUAAAGUGAAGCUGGUUGAACAGGCAGCACAUACUGGGAAACCAGUCGCCUUUUGUCCAUUGUACAUUUGAGUUUGAUUCUUGCGAUGCAACAGAAUAAAAACAUUCAUCCUGAUUGUUCUACAGAUAA